ACAACCCCCACCCUCCUCCUCCCUAUAAUUUACGCCCAUGUAAGAAAGUAUAGUUAGCUAUGCGUAUUAUUUGUAAAGGUCGUUGUGGCCGUGGCACAAUAGCAAGUGAUGCAGAACUAGUGUGACAAAAGAGACGGUUUUCAGUAAAUCCCAGCAGGGAGGAGGCGGAGAACGAGCGGAAAGCCUUUAAAAAAGUGCCACCUCCUUGUUAAAUAUGACAGCUGGUCAUGGUGUUGGGUGACAGUCGACAUGCAGAUAGAACGGUGAUAUAACUGACUAAAAUAUGAACUGCAAAGCUGUGGGCAUUUGACACUUUGUCCCCUAACAGAUUAUCCUGAGCUACAGAUCUCCACCAAGUCUGUCAAGAUGAAGCUUACGCUAAACGCUUUGGCUAUUUUCGUGGCUAUCUCCGGUGUUUUGAGUUUCGCCUUUCUUGUCCUUGCUAUAGGAACGGAUUUUUGGUAUAUUAUCGAUACAUCCAGACUGGACCGCAACUCUUCACAUCUUAGUUCGCAUUCGGGGUUAUGGAGGACUUGCAACGCUCAAAACCAAUGCUGGCCAUUCAUAAACCCUUUUGGAAAUUCAAACAACUACACGAAUUCUGAGAGACAACUUCUUGGAAUGCACGGUACCUUCGUCAUCCUACUGCCUUUGAGCCUGAUCAUGAUGGCAGUCGGUGGCAUGGUCGGCUUCAUCAGCAUCCUGGCUCGGGCCCGAGUGAUGCUGCUAAUUACCGCAGUUUUUCUCCUGUUCGGGGCCCUGGUCACGCUGGCCGGCAUCAGCGUCUAUGUGGCCUACUCAGCAGCAGCCUUCAAGGAGGCCCUGUGCAUCUCCGGCAGGAAGACUCUGGAGGGCCUGGACGUUCACUUUGGCUGGUCUCUGGCCCUGGCCUGGAUCUCCUUCAUCACUGAGGUCCUCACCGGCGCCGCCCUCCUGGUGGCAUCUCGCAUCACGACCGUGCUCAGCAGGCAGGAACAUGCUAUUUGAGUUCGGGACUGAUCUUCGAAGAAACUCAACGUCAGUGUCAGCUUCUAGGGCUCGAAAACUGACACACACCUAGAAGACCGUGUCCCCGAACUGGGUCUGGGACUCAAAGACUCUUAGCCUUGAUCUGCUUUUGACAGUUCCCAAUUCCAAGCUAGCAUCCUAACAGUGUGCUCCAGAUAUUUUUUUCUCCGUCGAGAAAAAUGUCUUACUGAUGAACUGUUUGAUUUGUUGUUGUUGCUUUGUGGAAACACUUAAAAGCUAGAACUAGGGCACAAUUUUCAUAAAAAAACACUAAGUACAACAACAUCAAAUGUAUUUAGUGCUAGUAAUCCAGGAAGUCGCCCUUAUUAAAAAAAUGUGUCUCUAAGCCACAUAUUAAUCUUAAUCUUACCCCAGCUUUGUCCCAUCAGCAAAGGUUUAAUUACAAGGCUCGAGUUUCCCUUCUGAUAAUCAUUAUACCCCAGGUUUUACUGCUAUCAGGAAACCUCACAGACGAGAAGGGGCGCCUGCAGGAGGUGUGUUUGAGCUGCAUUAUCUGAAUCCAUAAGUAUAUUUCAGGCAAUGUUUGUUUCAGCCUAUGAACCAUUUUCUGAAAGAAAGAGGAUGUCAUUUUCCAGUAAAAUCGUGUAAAGUCUCCUGUGUCAUUUUGUGGAUUUAAUUUGCAGAAAAUAAUCAAUGUUAAUCUCGAGUAAAAUGUCACGAUGUGUGAAGAACUCUAAUAAUAACUUUAUAUACUCGUC